AUGCUUUAUGUUAUUCUGACUCCAAGUGUCUUGCAUGGUUGGCUCACCUCUCUGAGCAAUCACCGUCUCUGGGAGGCGCAAAGGGCCCGUCAACAGGUGAUCUUCUACAUGAGUCAUCUUCUUCUUCAUCCGGAUACCCCAGACACGAAUGCUACCUCAGCCUCGAAGGUGGAAGCCUUAAGACAGCAAAUCUCACCUUCGGUGGCUUUGAAAAGGCCCAGCCUAAGACCAGACCUUGCACAGGCUCCGUUGGCCACUCACAAUCCGCCUUCACCACAGACAACUUGCGUCUGUAGUCACCUUCUCAGAACAAGAAAUGCAGUUUUAGAACGAUGCGGUGCAAAUGGGCUCUUGAUGGGCGGCAGUAGAGGGCCGGUUCAUGAGGCGGAAGAGUUGGUAGCAAGCUCUGGUGCCAUCAGACAAAGGCGUGAGGGUAAGCAGCUAUUGGGUCAUCAGUUGUCAUCACCUCAACUACAGGCUUCUGAAAAAUGCGCGAAGGGGACCGAGGCUAAUGGUAUCCUAGUAACCGGAUUCAUCAGGGCAGCAUCAAGCAGGUGGCCAGAAGCAGAGACGAAAUCCGCUACAGAAGCGGGUGUUGGUGCGAGUGGAGAUUCGAAUCUGCGUGGUUCGGGGCGGCGAACGUCGCGGUUCAGGCUACCCCUGCCGGGUCGACUGCCCUCGAUCCCCAGCUUGUUGGUACAGACUCCCAGCAACGGAAGACCUGACCAGAGUGGGUCGGUACCCUACCAAGCUGGUGGCCACGAACCAUACUGA